AGUCUGCGACGAGCCGCGAUGUGGACGACAGCGUGGUGCGCGCUGCUGGCGGCGCUGCGCAUGCGCGCGGCGGGCUUCAACCUGGACAGCGACCACGCCGACGUGCUGGCGGGCGCUGCGGGCUCCUACUUCGGCUACUCGGUGGCGCUCCGGGGAGUUGGCCGCGCCGACGCCAGUUUGGUGGUUGGUGCUCCUCGGGCUAACUCGUCAUUUCCAAAAGAUGCACGUUUUGUGGAGCCUGGAGCCGUUUAUGAGUGCAGGAAGAAUGGGCCGAAAUGGUUGUGUGGAGACUUGGAUCUCGGACCAAAGAGAUUGAGUUCAAACGUUGCGCAGUACAAGUACAAACUGCGGAAGGAACAUGCCGGAUAUGGGGCAGCCAUCGAUACUCAGCCAACAAGCAACUCCCCGCUCGUGGUGUGUGGGCCUGGAAUAAAAAAUGAAUUUCUCUACCAGACAUAUUACACGAAUGGCAUUUGUUUCGUUUCUACAAAAGGUGCAGAGGAACCUGCUGUUAAGUUACCCUUGUCAAUCUUUCCUAAGCAAACAAAUAGUAAUGGAAACCCAAACUACGCUUAUGGUGAGGCAGGAAUGUCAGUUCACUUUACUAAGAAUGCUACGGAGCUGCUUAUUGGAGCCCCUGGAGUGCAAGUAUGGACAGGAACAGUGAUCAAGUAUAAUAUGGAUGAGCCAGGAUCAGUUGCGUUGAUUCCUGACCCAGCCAAAAUAGAAGGGCUUGGAUAUUAUGAUUACUUUGGUUUUUCUGUGUGUUCUGGGAAAUUCUAUUCGUCACAAACACUGUAUGUGAGCGGGGCACCCAGAGCUGCCUUGCUGAAGGGCAAGGUACUGGUGUUCGGUCUGACGGAGGAACCCUGGCAGCCGCUGCAGACCCACGAGCAGCUGGAGGGGCGGCAGAUGGGGGAGUACUUCGGCUCGGUGUUGUGUGUGCUGGACCUGAACGCGGAUGGCUUUGACGACCUGGUUGUGGGCGCACCCCGCCACUCGGCGCGUGGCUCCCUGGCGGGCGACCACGGCCGCAUCUACGUCUACCUCGGCAGCCCGCACGGAAAGCUGCAAGACAUGAACGACACAGUAAUCACCGGUAGUUCAUGCCCCUCAGCAAAUUUUGGGACAGCCAUGGCAUCUAUUGGCGACAUAAACAUGGAUGGUUAUCAAGAUCUUGCUGUUGGUGCACCGUAUGAAGACAAGGGCGCUAUCUACAUCUAUCACGGAUGCAAAAAUGGCAUGAAACCAAACUAUGCCCAACGCAUCUUGGCUUCCGAUGUUGCAUCCCAUAUUCCCCUUGCCGGCUUUGGAUUCAGCAUUUCAUCUGGGCUGGACAUUGAUGGCAACCACUACAACGACAUCGCGGUGGGUGCCUACAGCUCUGCCCAGGCUGUGGUUCUGAGGUCUCGGCCGGUGGUACAUCUGCACGGGACGCUGUCCGCUGAUGUUGCUAUGAUCAGUCUGGAUGACCUCGCAUUCUCCUUCACUGCUUGUGUUAACUUCACCGGUCAAUUCUUGCCACCACAGUUGGGCAUAACUGCUUCCCUGAAGGUGGACUCAGAUCUCAACAGAGUCAGUGUUCAUGGCCAGGAGAACGGCCUCAGUUUCAACACAACCGUCAGCAGACAGGCUCAAGACUGCAAGCGUUACACUGUGAAGAUAAAGACGGGAGUGGAUGACUUCGCCAGCCCUGUAAAAGUGUCUUUAGAUUUGUCUCUACAAGACACUAUUGUAGUGGCUGGAAGUAAUCUAAAAGGAGACUUCUGCCAGUCAUGCCCGGUAGUGGACCCUGGCAGUAACGGCACUGUGAUGUCUGUGCUCUUUGACAACGGCUGUGGGAGCGAUGCAGUGUGUCAAACAGACCUGGCUGUGCAUGUACAGUUUGUAAAUAUCACUGAGCCAUUCAUACUGGAUCCGGAGAAACCAUUUAGUGUGGCUGUGAGCGUGGCAAACUCAAAGGAACCGGCUUAUCAGAGCUGGUUCACUUUAGAAACAUCAGGAGAUGUCUCACUGGUGAAGAUACCAUCCUCCUGCCAACAGCUUCCCGACACGUUGACUCUGCGCCUUGAGUGUACUCUGGGUCAUAAGCCUCUCACUAAUGUCAGCCAGCCGGUGGCGGUGGUAUUGGAACUGGGUUUGAGCAAGGUGGCAGCCGGCUCAGGAGUGAUUGUGUUCAACGUAACGGCGGGGAGCUCUGGGGAUGAACAGACUCCUCUAAACAACACAGCGCUCUUGAACCUCAAGCUCUUCUUGGACACCGAGCCUAUUCUCAUAGGGAGAUCCAAGCCAACCACACUGUACUUCAGCCAACAGUCUGAUGACAUGAUGCUUGCACACGUCUAUGAGGUCAGGAGCGGUGGCCCUAGUCCAAUGGCAGAAGUGGAUCUGGAAAUCCUGGUGCCGACUAUGGCCGUCAUUGGGGAGAAGAGCGUCAGUGUAGUGAGCGUUGAUGUUGUUUUGGGACAGCUUGGUGCGCGGCAGCUCAACUGUACGUGGCGGCAGAGCUCGGUGAUGAGCACGGUUUCCGAGGGCAGCAGGUCUACCAACACGACCCUGCUGCUGUCCUGCGAGCAGCAGCCGGUUAGCUGCGUGGCUGUCACGUGUCACGGAGUCGGUCCAUUCCCCACCACUCGCACCGCGGCGGUGGUGUCUGUUCACAUGCGUGCCCUGCCCACCCCCCUCUAUGCAGUCUUAGGUCAGAAAAAGUAUAUUGAACUGUCAAGCUUGGGGAGAGCAAUUUAUACACUUCCAGAGAAUUCCAUUGAACGAAACAGAAGCAGUGAGCCGGGGAUGCUGGUGGCAGUGACGGGAGCCACCUCGGUGCUCAUAGCGGACGUGGCAGCGGAGAAAGUGGAGCCCUGGAUCCUGCUGCUAGCUAUCCUGGCCGGACUGCUCAUCCUGCUGCUGAUUGCACUCGGCAUGUACAAGGCUGGAUUCUUUAGGCGAAAAAGAAGUGACUACAGUGAACUUCACGAAGGAACAGUGCUGAACACUGUCGAUGAAAUGGGCUCAGAGUCGCCUGGAGAAUCUACACGAUUGCCACACAAGUGAAAGCACCUUAUGUCCACGGUGCAGUUUGUGGUCGGUUCUUGCAGUCUGCUCAAGAAUGUAUGUUUUUGUACAUUGUUGAUUCCAAGUUUUAUAGUUUAUGCUAUGGCUGUGAUAUUUCGUAAAUUGAAAAUAAUUUUGACUUUUUGUAAUUUAUUUUUUUCAUGGGUGAAAAAAUAAUAUUUUCUUAAGGAGAAAUAGGACUUGUUUUCCUCCAGUUAUGAAAUUGAGCUUUAACAUUUGCAAGUCAAAUGUUAACAAUAAAUAAAAAUUUUAUACAGUAAAAUUAUACUUUCCUUUGCGGAAAAUGUAACUUAACUAGACUUAGCUCAACCUAACGGAUAACAGUGAUUACUGAACUAAUAAUAUUCUAGUCUGUCAAUAAAAUGUAGUUUAAACUAGAUUUAUUCUCAAUAAAAAAAAAAUUUAAGUUUUACUUUUCCAGUUCAGUUGAGUUCACCUGCAGCCAUUGUCUUGUUUUUUUAUGUAGGGUCCAUUGUUCUAAAUAUAAUUUUAACAUUGUACAAUCUAUGUACUUAGUUUGAACCACAGUUUUACACUUUUUACACUCAUUUGCUGCAGUCAUCUGAAAAUACUAUUACUUGGGAACUUUUGGAGAAAUUGCAGUAGAUGUUUUUGGAAAUCAGAUGUAGUAAUUAUUCCCUUAUUUUGAACAUGGUAUUGUUGCGGUUCGGGUUUCGAGAGGGUCGCUACGGUGUUGAUUGAUAAUGGGCGCCACCACGUGGAAGGGCACGUGGACCCGGCUAACAUCCGUCUCAGGGCGUGACGUCACCCGUGUUAGGCAAGACCGGACCCUAGGUUAACUCCCGUAGUACGCUCAGACCUGACCCGUUCUCAGUGUCGGGCACGCUUAUGGUAUAACAAGUAAUAGUGGGCUCUCCAGGCGUCCCACACGCCUGCUCACGAGGUAUAGGUUGCCACGUGGUCGGUGCAAAAAAAUACAAGGAGACAAUUAGAAUUAAGACGUUUAAUACAUGCAUGUACUCCCAUACACAGUCUCACGAGGUGCGUCUCCAAGAUCCCAGGCACCUAAUCGGAACGCAGGAAUAAGGCCCACGCACGUGGCCUGCACAAGCGAUUACUUAGAACGUGAAAAGUCUCGUUAAGAGUUGAUAAAUGAUUACGUUAAACAGUCCCCCGACAGAGGCAGGCCCCGGGGAUACGUGAAAGAGAUUUGAAAGAAUUAAGCAGAAAACUGAAUUAAUAGUCAGCGAACAAAGAGUGAAGUCUCCGGGUGCGGAAGGCAGCAUCUUACCUCGGUCGUUGGCGGCUUAGAACCGGCCGAGCGCCGGGCUCCCUUGAAGCAACAUGGUGCCUUCCCGCCUUGCCAGUUUACCGUUACGCCUUUCUGAUUAAGUGCCUUGUAAUCUUAUAUAAAGAAAUACAAAAACACUCCCAAAAUUAAUACACGUCCUCCCACGGCUCUAUUACUAUUUAACCUAGAGUUAUUAAUUAAUUAAAUUAUAUAUACAUGUUAACUUCGUUCGUGUUCAGGUCCGCCCGGCAACGUCUUUAACUUACACACUAAAACUUAUAUUCUAAACAAAACAAAAACCCACCCGCCCGUUAGUGGUGACACAAAUGAUUGGGGAAAAAAUAAAAAGCUAUACAAUAUAAUUAUUACAAAUUUAGGGGGACGUCGCACUGCCGCUACAGCGCCCUCUUGAGGUAGUUCGUGGCGCGCUAUUCAAACACACACACACGACUACGUACUCAUUACGGAGCGACUGCCAGUACGGGAAGUGGAACGGGGGGCAAGGGGAAAGGUGGCAGAGGCUGACCAGGCUUCGGUUGACGUCAGUAUGUCAAAAAUUUCAUUAAAAAGUACCAAAAUACUGCUUUAAGAAGUGGGAAAGGAAUGAGAUUUUUUUUUUGUUUAUCUUAAAUAGACAGGGGUAUGGUGGUACUUUUUUGAAAUCAGAUGCAGACAUUAAUUUUCCUCAUUUCUGAACGUCAAGUGUGCACAUUUUCAUAAAGAAGUUCUAAAAUACUGCUUUAAGGGAUGAAAGUAGAAAUUUCAUGUAGACAGUGACUUUUUUUUCCUCUAAAUAAAAUUAAAGCAUUAUUUUUUCUCUUAUUUUGAACAUCAAAUGUGCAAAAUGGUAUAACAACGAAGUACCCAAAUUCUGCUUUAAGGGUUGGGAAAGAGGAUGAUGUGGUUAUUUUUUCUUAAAUAUCAUGUACAAGAAACUUUCCUCUUGUGUUGAAGAUCAAGUGUGUAACAUUUCAUCAAGCUUGGAGUAAAACCCGAAACAAACACAAACAUUUCACCCCUUAGGGUUUGAUUUUUGGACAAUAGUUUGUACAUUUUCUGAAAAUGGUUCCUUCGUGUGACUUUACAUUAUAAAAUUAACAUAACUUUUAAAUUUCAUGUUUGUCAAACCUGCUGUUUAGAAGGUUAGUAAAAACUAUUGUUCCCCAAUUAACCCGUUCAGAAUUUAAAUUUCACAAAAUCUGUUCUUAGCCAGCACCAUGCAAAAUUUCAAGUUUAUAUUAUCUGUAAUAUAGUUUUUGAGAUUUUGUGAUAAGAGUGCGAGUGGUAUUGGGAUUUUAUGUACAUAGAUUCCACACAUAGGGAAUAGCUCCCGCUAAUAGAUAUAUAACAGCACACACGCCAGCAAAGAAGUGACGGUAUGGCAGUGGAAAUGAAGCUUGAGACGUAAGGUGAAUAAGAAUUUAAAACAUAAGCUCACUGCUACAAAAUAUAUAUAUGUGUGUGUGUGUGUGUAUAUAUAUAUACACACACAUAUAUGUGUAUGUGUGUGUGUGUGUGUGUAUAUAUAUAUAUAUAUAUAUAUAUAUAUAUAUAUAUAUAAGGAGUGUGCGGGAAAGGAAAUUUAGCCUCGGGAAAAUUUCUGGAGGGAAAAUCAAAUUUCACUCUGGAAAUCGGGAAAAAUCGGGGGAAAAAAAUCACAAGCUAUAUAGGAUGCCAGUAGGUAUAUUUAUAAGUUUUGGAGUGUUUUUACCACAACAACGCCAUUAGAAAACAGACUUAGUAUAAUGCUCUGUUUUCAUGUAAGAAAACCAGUUCUUCCAGGUGUUUAGUGGAUAAAGAUUCUCUCUUUGCAGAUACUAUGUUUACUGCAGAUGAAAAAACCCUUUCACACGCAGUUUCGGUCGCUGGUAUUCCCAGAUAUGCCACUGCUAACUUGGAUAAAUUUGGUAGUAUAUUUUCAUUUUGUUCCCACCACUUCAAUGGGUUUCCAGUUCUUUCUAAAAGUGGCAUGUUUAAAUAUGUUGCCACCUCUGUGUUUUGCUGAGCACCUACUAGAGAUUUUGCAGCUAGACUAUCGAAUUCAUGCCACAAAGAGGAGUGGCUUGAGUCACUUUCUGAUUCAGGUUUUUGCGGACCUGCAACAUAAGGAAAUAAAUACUUCAAACCUCUAUCAAACAUCUGAGAUGCUAACUUGUAACAACCAGGUACAUUACUAAUAGUUGAAAUAAGGAGCCAUAAUGUAUGCUUAUUACCAAAUGUACUAAUACGGACUCGAAAAUAUCACAAAAUAAAUUUUAAAUCCAAAGAAUAUUAUAUUUAGCAAAAACUCCCUGAAGUAAAAAAAAUUAUUCUCUUUAUUAUUCAGUUAUGUACCAAGUUGUUUAUAAAUUAUGAUUUAGUUAAUAAUGUUAAUAUAAAACUAGCACUUUACCUGUAUCAAUGCCUUCUUUUAGACAACUGUCAAGUUUUUGCUGCAAAGUAUUAACAGCGAGUUGUUUUUCAUCGAUAGGCACAACAACAGCCUUGAAGCGUGGCUCUAACAGCAUUACUGUAAAAUAUGGCUCUUGCCUUUUAUAUAAAGGAAAGCUUGCCGUCAAUCCAAAAAGCAAAGCCCUACAAAAUGUUACACCAGACCCAACUUCACUAGCAUGAGUCUCCAUGUAGUUAUUCAAAAAUGUAUUGAUUGAAAACAAAACUGGAGUAACCAUUGAAGCUGUAGGUAUUCUUUCUCCAGAGAGUUCUACAGUGGCUUCAUGCAGUUGUUUAAGAAUUUUUAUGUAACUUUCAACAAGCCGCCACUCGCUCACACUAAGAUUGUCUACGUUCACCUCUGCCAGAUGACGCGUGAGAACAGGUUUAUUUUUAGUAGUCUUUCAAGCAUUAGAUACUCAGAAUUCCAUCUCGUCACGCAGUCUUGAAUUAGUUCUAGACAGUCUAGUCCCAUUUCUGUUUGAAUUUUGUGAAAUGCAGAGGUUGCUGAUGCACUGUGCUUAUAGUAACCUACAAUACCACAGGCCUUUUUCAUCAUAGCCCCCAUUCCUUCAUGAGACUUUUUAGCAUCUCCAAGAGCAAGCUGCAAAUUAUGAGCAAAACACUGCAAAUGUGUCAGAGGUGCUUUGCAAAGACUAGACCCCAGCUUGAUGUUCCUUGCAUUGUCAGUAAUAAUAAACAAAGGAAUUCUAGCACUGAUGUUAUUUAAGAUGUUCCACUCAUUCAAAAUAUCAGUAAUUUUGUCACCUUUUGCCAAUGCUGUGUGGCUCUCAGGAAAACUAACACAUUCAAGACAGUAUUUUAAAAGAGUGAAGUUACUGACGAAAUGACAAGUCAAUGCCAAGAAAGCAUCAUCACUAUGUGAUGUCCAUAGUUCACAAGUAAAUGAUAUCGACUUAACUUUGGCAAUUACUUGAGAAAGUUCCUCAGAGAUUUUCGAUUUUACAGAAGCAAACAAAUUUGGAAUUUCGUUUCUAGAAAAUGUGGCUCGGGAAGGUACUUUGUACAAUGGUUGAGAUGACUGCAUGAGCUUCUGGAAAUGUCUAUUGUCUACAACACUGUAUGGAAGCAUGGAAUCGGCCAACCACUCAGCAAUGUUCUUUGUAAUGAUUUUUGCUUUUGGAUGAUGAGAAGGCCACUGGAAGGUAUCUUCAAUCCGUUGUUGUUUUGAUGGACCUGGUUGUGAAGAAUUUGCCUUAACGGGCCGUGAACUUAAUUCUUGCCGUCUCUCAUAUUCCAACUUUACAGCUGGAUGUUGAGUCAAGUGCCUUAUGAGCCCCGAUGUGCUGCCGUAGCUUGUUUUCAGAGUUUUAUGGCAUGUCUUGCAUUUAGCACUAAGUUUAUCAUCGCUUCUAGCAAAGUAGUUCCAAAUACGCGUCUUUUCUUCAGCCAUGUUUACUAAACAACUAAACAAAACAACCGACAUGUAACGUGAACUAAAUGACAAAAUAUAUAACCAUAAUUUUGUAUUACUACGUGCCCAUGUGAAAUUCCCCUAAUAUUGUGGACCUCAAAUAAACAUCAGAAAAGUAAAUUAUUCAAUUUAAUCUUAUUUUCACAAUUUACUUGUCAGGAAAAAAAACUGACGGUGCUGCCAUCUCGUUUGGGCUGUAGCGUAACCCCGCCUCUAAGUGACGCACUGGCCUAUUACAGCUGUCCCUGAUAAUUACGUCACUGUUUUUGUCUUUAUUUUUUGAUGAAACAAUUUUAGACGUUGUAAUACAAUUUCAUUCCGGUAAACAAACAUUAAUACAAAUAUAAAAUUAUGAAAUAUGCAAUAUACACGUGAUUUGUCAAUAAUGCGGCAAACUAUUAAAGUAAUGUCUCGUUCAGCGUUGCGUUUCAGUCCGACUGCUUAUUUAAGUAAGUUAUGUAAGUUUAGAAGAUCGUGACGUAUAUCAUUUUCCGCGAUUUUUUUUCCCAUGGAUAUACGUUUACAUUAAAACAUAAUUUAAUUAAUAAACGUGUUAUCUUUAUUAAACCAUAAAGCAAUCUCUUUAUUUUUCCUUUUAUUGUAGGCCAAACGGGCUGUUGUCACAAACAUAAUUUUAUUCCCGAAAAUACCGGGAAAAAUAGUAUUCCCUCCCGAAGGGAAAAAAUGCAAUGCCCUCCCGAAACUUAUCCCGAAAUUCGGGAUCCCACACACUACUAAUAUAUAUAUAUAUAUAUAAAUUAGUAUCAACCCACCAAAAUUAAAUGUAGAAUAACUUAGUAUUUUAGAUCUAGGUUUACCCCUUAGUUAUUGAUUUCUAAACAGCCAUACCUCGUUAAUAAAUUUUUAAGUAGCCUUUUUCAGCAACAGCAGAUACAGCUGAAAAGAAAACUAUACCUUAGUAAAUUGAAAUUUCAAUUCAGUUAUAAGUUUUAUUUAAGUUCUCAGAUUGGAGGAAAGCAAGCCUUACGAGGGAGGUAGGGCCAGUCUUUUAUCAUAAUAUUUAUUUUCUCUCUAGAAAAUAGUAGUGGGGAUUUUAGAAUCAUGUUUCUUUAAGUUUAUUCAACUUCUUUUAAUGCAUAAAUUUAUUUUUACUCUGUGAUGGUUUGAACUUAAGAUUUGAAAAUUGUAUUUUGACCUGUAUUUGCAGUUUUUCUGUGAUACUUUGAUGACAUACCUGUAACAUAGCAGUAAGUAUUUAGUACCUUAACAGAGGUAUUUUAUCUUUAUUUGUACAUUUUGCAAGUGGUAAUUGAAUUUUUGGAAUUGUUUAGGUAUUAGCUGUUUGUAAAGUUGUAUGACUCAUAUCUGAACUGAGACACAGCAACAGAAAUAUACAGAUAUAAUUGUUUUGUGUUUAUUUAUAUAUAGGUUUAAGUUGUUUGAUAUUUUUUUUGUACAUUAGUUUGUAGGUAAAUUUUUUAUGUCAUUUUGGUACCUGUAUUUAAAGUACCAUUUUGAAAAGUACUUAUUUAUUGUUUGAAAAAUGAUUGUAAUAUUUGUAAAUAAGUAAUUUAAAAUUUUUUAGGAAAGAAUGUUUAAAUAAUGUUUACCCAAAUGAAAAUAUUCCAAGUAUUGAAUAUUAAAAUUAUUUUUUUUAUUUGUAUUUGAUUUGUUUUAAAAUACUUACACUACAAAAUAAUAAUUAUUAAUUAUUUACUGUUUUAAGUGUUGUGAAGCAGUUACAUAUCAUCUUGUGUAACUUUACCCAGUUUAAAUGUACUAAUGGGCGGAAUAUAAAUAGUCAUACUUCAUUUCAACAUACAAUGUAUUGAGUAGAUAUGUUUAAGUUCAGAUGGGUAGGAAAUCUGAAAUAUUGUGAUAACUUGUAAAUCAGUAAGCAUUUUGCAAACACAGCAAAAAUAUCUCAAAUAUUCAAAAAAUAUAAUUAUUUUUUAGAUUUUUUUUGUACUUUUAAACAUUAACAUGAAAUAUAAAUCUUUAAAGCUUUAAAGUAUGACUUUUUAACUAGCAUAAAAAUAUUAGAAAAAAAUUUUUCCCACACUCUUGCUAUGGAAAUUGAUCUAUUCCUAUUUAAUAGUAUUUUAAUUUUUGCAUUCAAAAAUGUUUUGAACUUAAUACUGAUACUCAUUCUUGGCAAUGAACAUCAACAGGCACUUCAACUUAAGUGUAGCAACUAUUUUUGAAUUUUUCUGGACACUUCUGACAAUUCAGUUGCAUUGUAAAGUAUCUACAUAUCUAGGUAUGUAUGCAUGCAAGAAUACAUACAUGCACCAAAAUUAAAGCUUUACGUUUACUUUUGUAUUUAAUUCAGUUCAAAGCUUUGUAACUAGUCUCAGGUUUCCCAUCUCUUCUUUAUGUUUAAGUAGUGUUUUUUUUUUUUCUAUAUGGUUGAUGUGUACCUACUGAAGUGUAUGUACUAAAAAAAAUCUGUAUUGAUUGAUGAAUAGAAGAUAUAUGGAGGAAUUUUCAAUAAAUUAUUUAUAAACAUUGAGAAGUUUUCCAUAAUGCAUAAUUAAGUUGAAGAAACUAACUACUUCUUGAUUUUUAAAAAAAUGUAUGCUAAAAUAUUGACAUUUGACCUAUGUAAUGUGUUCUUGUUUGCUUGUAAAAUAUCUAGUCAUUAUGAAUAUAUAGUUUUUAUGAUGUUUAUCUGUUUAUGAACUUAUCAUCAACUGCGGAAAUAAUGCAAUAAAAACGGUUAUAGCCAUUUGUGCUAGUAUAUUUGAAAUCUUUGCUGUGAGUUAACAUUUACAGUCUUUGUAAAUUAAGCUCUGGCAUUUGUAUCAGUUAUUUAAGUGAGCGGAAAAAUUUUGUUGCUGCUCGCAACUUAAUUGAAAACAUUGGGAAAUCCAUGUUUUGUUGUAAGAUAAAUGUAAUAUCCAGAGUUUAGUUUCCAUGCUAUCCAAAAAUACCUUUUGCUGUUUGAUUUAUCUUUGGCAAAACAUACAUGGUGUAAAAAUUAUUUUGAGUGUGUAAGUUGUAACAUAUAACAUAAUUGUUUUAUUGUUAUAGUUUUUAAUUUACAAACAAAAUUAGAGCUGGUUGGGAUCCUGGUUUUUCACCAAAAAAAAAACGGGAAUGUAUCUUUUCUGAAACUUUGGGUGGGAAAUUCCUUCCUCCCAUUUCCUGAUUUUUAUUCCGGUAGAAUACACGUCAAUAUGCCAAACUUAUCAAAAUAUUUUCAAAGAAAUUGUACACUUAAUCAAAAACACAUUUUUCAGUGGUACAAACUCAAAUUAUUAUUGUGUCUUAAAAUAUAUUCACAUAUAUGAUCGUAAACAAGCACUUUAUUUAGUAUUUGAAACAUACCAAAUAAUCAAAGUUACAUCACUACUGUUACAAAACAGUAGCAGAACAAAUCUCGUUCCCAAUGAAAAUAUGAAUAUUUGAUAUAUUAAACACAUAAGGAACAGUUAUUUGUUUUAUAUCUUGUAUAGAUAUGUAAAAAAAUUAAUAAUAAUUGGCUACAACCAUUGCUUUCAUCAACAAACACAGAAACUCUUAUGGUGUGGGCAAAUGUGAACACAAUAGUUGAAACUAUUUUUAAAUUUAUAUUUACAACAGUGCUGCAUUUAUCUCUGGUUUAUACCUUGAAAACAACCAAAAAAGUAAAUAAAAUGCCAGUAUCGAGUGGAAAUUAUCUGUAAAUUCGCAUGUAAUAUUGCCGAAUGGGUAAGUGGCCAUCGUAAUUAACUAAAAAGAGUAAGUUUAUAAUGUAAAUAUGAGCUAAUUUCAUCACUAUUACACAAAUUAGGCUCUUUGUUUCAAUUCUGCGGCUAUCAUCAAAUUUAAUAGGUUUGGUCUUAUUUCGUGGUAUUUUGCUUUCCUUGAAAAACCUGCCUCUUAUCGAUUUAUAAUCACUAGAUUUGGGCCUACACAAUAAAAAGGAAAACAUUUUCCUGUGUAGUUAAUGAACUUUUUUGAAAUUUGUAACCUCAAAUCCCCGAUCCUGUCCAGUUUCCUAUGGGAAUUUUUUCCCACCCAAAAUUUUCUCAACCAAAAUUCCUUGUUCUGACCAACUCUACAAAAUAAUGUGUGUGUGAAAUUCCCAUUCUUUUACUUGGGAGCAAUAGGCAUAGGCUCACUUGAUGUCGGAGAGUAUGAGUGACAGUGCUUACUAACAGCCCAUUCUCACUAGCUUUUUGGCAGUUAUCUUGGUUGUUAAGCAUUCCAAUUUGUUGGUUAUAAAUAUUUAUAGUUUCUGUUGCAAGUAAAUAAUAUUGUUAUUUUGUAUUGUGUCUAGCAUGUUUAUGUUUAGUCAUUUGUUCAUUCCGUUUUCCAUUUUUUCCACCAGAUACAGCGAGAGUAGAAGUCUAAAUUUGCUGGAAAGUGAAAUAGGGUGUUGUGCGAGAAGAAAAACUCUUUGGAAUCAGUGCGUGGCUGGCCACAAAAUGUAUCUGAAUCAUUUUACUGUCAAAAUGCAACAACAUUAUUUUCUUAAGUAAAAUAUAUAAACAAUAAGGCUGCAUAAAAAUACAGAUUGGUAACAUAUUUGAUCAUAGUCAUUCGUACCUAAAGAGUUACCCUCUGUUGUGUUUUAAGUUGAAAUUAAUUAGCAACACUAAAAACAGUAAUCAAACAAGAGGGGCAGUAUAAACUAGAGAGAGUUUACAUCGUAUUCCAGCGUACAAAUAUUUCAAAAAUGUUUCUGCAGCAUCUGUCAUGAGUGUCAUGUGACUUUUCUGGGAAAUGCUCAAUGAUUUAUAUGGAAUAAUAUCACUUGAACAACAAAUAGCCAAAGAUAUGAUGUAUUAGUGAUGCAAUGUGUCAUUAAAGGAAUUAAAUUUAAUAAAAAAA